AUGGCCCAACAGCAGCAGCAACCACCACCCCAACAGCUGCAACAGCUACAGCAGCAGCAGCCCCAGAGCUCCGGCCUGCAACAGCAACAACAGCAACAAGUACAGCAGCAGCAGAUGAUGGCCCAACAACAGCAACAGGCCCAUAUGCAACCGACGAAUGACUAUGUGCUCCAACAACAACAGAUCUACCAGCAGCAGCAUAAAUUCGAGCCCCUACAACAAAUCCCGGACCCAAUUGCCCACUCCAGCCACCAGGACCCGAACUCUUUCGACCCGAACAAGUCGGCGAGGCAACGGGCUAGUCGUAACGGCCCGAACAACGACGGCUACGACGAUGUCAAUUUCGACUAUAUCGUCAAGGAGGGCGAAUUUUUCAACAAUCGAUACCUGAUUAUGGGGCCGAUUGGGAAGGGAUCGUUUGGUCAAGUGACGAAGGCAUAUGAUAAGGUCGAAAAAGAGUACGUGGCGAUAAAAAUCAUCAAAAACAAGAAGACGUUCUUCGACCAGGCCCAGAUUGAGAUUCGGCUGUUGGAGAUGAUGAAUCGACAUGACUCGGAGGGGAAAUAUAAUAUUGUGCAACUCAAGUCCCACUUCGUCCAUCGCAACCACCUGUGCCUCGUCUUCGAGCUGCUCAGCUACAAUCUCUACGACUUGUUGCGAAACACCAACUUCCGAGGUGUCUCCCUGAACUUGACGCGGAAGUUUGGGCAGCAACUUGCCAAGACGCUGCUCUUCCUGUCCACGCCCGACUUGUCGAUCAUCCACUGCGAUUUGAAGCCGGAGAAUGUGUUGCUCUGCAACCCGAAGCGGUCCGCCAUUAAGAUUAUCGAUUUUGGGUCGUCAUGCCAGACCGGUCAUCGGAUAUACCAAUAUAUUCAGUCGAGAUUCUACCGGUCGCCCGAAAUCCUGCUCGGCAUCGCUUACGACACGAAAAUCGAUAUGUGGUCGCUGGGCUGUAUCCUCGUGGAGAUGCACACCGGCGAGCCGCUCUUCGCCGGCUCCUCCGAGUUGGACCAGAUGAUGAAGAUCGUCGAGGUUUUGGGGAUGCCGCCCAAAGAGAUGUUGGAUCAGGGACCGAAGACCAAGAAGUAUUUCGACAAGACUGAAGAUGGUGUCUACUACUGUAAAAGAGCCCGUGGCAGCUACACGAAGCCGUACGAGCCGCCCGGCCACCGGAAACUUCAUGAUAUCCUUGGUGUAACGAGUGGAGGACCACAUAGCCGGCGAGCCGGUGAAGCAGGUCACUCUGUCGAGGACUACUGCAAGUUCAAGGACCUCAUAAAGCGUAUGCUCACCUAUGACCCCAAACUGAGGAUAUCCCCGCAUUUCGCGAUGCGACACCCAUUUUUGAAGAAGACAAAGGAGGAGCAGGGCUCAACCCGAUACGCGCAGGAGAUGUGGGGCAGCCAGCAGAUGGACACGAGCGAGCCGAUGGACCCGAAUGCCCAGCAGCAAAUGGGAUACGCGCAAAUGCCCGGGCCAUCCGCUGUGCAGAUGCCACCCCAGAUUGACUACACCCGCCGGGACAACAACGACCCAACGAAGCCAAAUUUCGGAGGCCACUUUUCGUAUUCGACGAACGACAUGUACCAUCCGAAUGUGAGUUUU